UUCAGCUAAACUUGUACAAUAUAUUUCGAAGUUCCUCAUGAAAGCCAAUAAGAUUGCAAUUUUAGUGCGCAUGCGGAAAAAUUCGUGCACUGCCUAACCAUUGUUGAACAAGAUUGUUUUCCACGACAAAAAAGAAUCACGCUUAGAUUUAUAAUUUUAAAAUCAAUGUUUUAUACAUAAAAGUCAUUAACAAGUGUACGCGUGAUUUUGUUUGGUUAUGACGGACUAACUAUUCUAAAAGGGAAAUAUUUAAGACAGAAUUAGCCAAUAUUUAUAUUGUUUGUUGAUAUUUAAAGACUCAUAUACUAAUUUAAUUGUAUUGUAUAUAGUAAAAUACUUUUAUCUCUUGUUAGCAUUAAAAAUGUCUGAUGAAGAAGUAAUUCGACGAAGAUUGUUAAUUGAUGGGGAUGGCAUUGGAGAUGAUCGUAGACUCAACGUGCUAUUAAAGUCAUUUAUAAAAUGGGUUAAUAACCCAGAGACCGAUCAUAUUUUACAUGAACGAAUGCUCUCGCAAUUAUCUCAAUGUGAAUUUGCUCAAAGAAAGUCGCGUUUAGUGUCGAAUAUGAGUCAAGAAGAGUUGGAGAAUUAUGAAAACUUGUCCAGUGAAAUUGAUGUAGAAAUUGAAGAAGCAAAGAAAAAUAUAGAAACUACAAAAAUUGAACUGCAAGAAGCCAAACAAGUUAGAAAGAAUAGGAUAGAAUACGACGUUUUGGCAAAAGUAAUUAACGAACAACCGGAUAGACAAGAAACGGAUAUUAAACUUGCAUUGCUUCAAAAAGAAUUAGGAACGCUAAAAGAAAAAUCGCAGAAUUUAGAGCAGAAACUGGAAAUGCGUAGAAAACAAUUCCAUGUUCUCAUAUCAUCCAUUCAUUCUUUACAAGGAAUGUUAGAUGAAUCUGACGAAGAAAUAAUGGACGUUAGUUUAGAAGAUGUUAAUAUGUCACCAAAAGUUGUCACAUAAAUUGAUUUAAUAGAAUGCUGCUUAUUAAAUCAUAGGACAAUUAUAAAAUCAUAAUAUUU